AUGCUCUAAGCCUCGCAUAUUCCUAACCUCUCGUCUUUACGAAAGCACCUGCUAUCCUCCUUCCAAUACCAUUGCUGCGUUCCACAAGCUUGAUGCGGGGUCCAUCUCUUCUGAAGCUGCUCACAAGAGCUUAUGGAAAAUCGCUGAUCUGGAGCGAUUUGUGAUUCGCAAUCGCUGAACGUUCCGUUGGCUGUUUGAGCCUUUUUUUCAGUCUCAAUCGCACUCUCCGAGCUCGUGAACAAUGAAUAGGGUGAUCAGAAGAAAAUUUUCUGCAAAUGCACAUCUAUUGAGAUCUCUUGGAAAAGCUUUCUGUAGUGAUGCAGCUGGAAGAGCAUCUAGUGUUAAUCAUGGCCAACCUAUCUCGGAGAAGGAAAAUAAGCAGAACUCCGGCCAGCAUGACAUUGCUAUUGUUGGGGGAGGCAUGGUUGGCAUGGCUCUAGCUUGUUCUUUGGCAAGAAUGCCAUUGACAAAGCAUUUGAAUGUCGCCAUUAUUGAUGGCAAUCCUACAUUAGGGCGUAGAGAGUGCAUCAAGAGAGAAGAUCCUCCUGAUCCAAGGGUCAGUACGGUCACUCCUGCAACCAUAUCUCUUUUUAAAGAUAUUGGUGCUUGGCAGUAUGUCCAACAGCAUCGGCAUGCAUACUUUGAUAUGAUGCAGGUUUGGGAUUACACUGGCUUAGGAUACACAAGAUACGCUGCCAGAGAUGUAAAUAAAGAAUUUCUAGGAUGCGUGGUGGAGAAUAAGGUGCUUCAUAGUUCUCUAUUCUCGUGUAUGCAGGAUACAGAUUUCCAGAACACAAUAUACCCUUCCAGAUUAACUUCAAUGGCUUUACCUCCAAGCUCUUCAUCUGCAGAGACGGACAAUGUCUCAUCAGUGACUCCAUCGUCCAAACAAGGUCAUUCAGCAAAGCUGGAAUUAAGUGAUGGCAGUAGCUUGUAUGCGAAGUUGGUGGUUGGAGCCGAUGGGGCCAAGUCUCGAGUCAGGGAGCUUGGAGGAUUUAAAACAACUGGAUGGAAAUAUUCUCAGAGUGCAGUCAUCUGUACAGUUGAACUUGCAAUAGAAAGUCAUUGUGCAUGGCAGCGGUUUCUUCCUACUGGUCCAAUUGCGCUUCUACCAAUGGGGGACAAGUUUAGCAACAUCGUUUGGACUAUGAAUCCAGAAGAGUCAUCGACUUUUAAAUCGAUGAGCGAGGAUGAUUUUGUUAAAGCUGUCAAUAAUGCUCUGGAUUAUGGAUAUGGUCCUCAUCCUAAAUCAGGCUUAUUAAGUAGUGAAGGCGUGCUCCCUUGGCGUAGAGGAGAUCUAACAACAUCUGCUAAUGAGUGCUUUGGAGUUCCACCCAAGGUUGUCAAGUUGGCAUCUGCAAGAAUGGCAUUUCCAUUGUCUCUCAUGCAUGCUAAUCAGUAUGCAUCCAAGCGUGUUGUUCUAGUUGGCGAUGCAGCACAUACUGUUCACCCUUUGGCUGGUCAAGGAGUCAAUUUAGGCUUUGGAGAUGCAUUUACUCUGUCAAGAAUCAUUGCUGAGGGAAUUGCGGUAGGCAUUGACGUUGGUGAGAUAUCGCUAUUGAAAAAAUAUGAAGCAGAAAGGAAACCAGCCAAUGUUACAAUGAUGGCAAUCCUUGAUGGCUUUCAAAAAGCAUAUUCUGUUGAUUUUGGACCUCUAAAUAUUUUACGAGCUGCCGCUUUCCAUGGAGCACAAUAUAUUCCCCAGCUUAAAAGGAGUAUCAUUUCAUAUGCAUCAGGAGAACAGAGACUGCCACUGUUUUUUUAAUGCCAAAGUUGUCGACCUGAAUAGAAGGGUGAGUGCAAACUUCAAACUAUUAGAUUUUGUAGAUUGGUAAUUAGUUAUUAUGGUUGAAAAGACAUAUGUACUAUUGACUUGUUGCAUGGUGAAAAUGUGGUAAUCAUAUGUCAAAAUAAUGUCUGAUAUUAUAUUUAGAUUUAACAAUUUUCUUAGUACA